GAAAACCGCCGCGCGUAAUCGUCCUGCGCGAUAAUCCUCCGUUUUGUGCCUUUUAACAUUCUAAAAGGGGGAGAAAGAAGCGCCGCCGGACGCUAGGAUUUUCUGUUUCACGUACACAAUGAGAGAUGACUUGAACAGAGAAAUAAAUCAGUUUGUUUGCUACACAGAAACAACACGAUGUGCGUAAUUUGCUGUCGCGAGUUCUCGAUACCCGGAGUAAAAUCGAUCACGGGGCGAGGGACUCUCGCGAUUUUCUUUCUUUCCCCAGUCUCUUUUUGAUCUGCUCCUGUACAAACGAGAAUUGACGGUUGACCUGUCGAAGGAAGAUUUCUGGUUGAUUUCAAAAAGAAAAACACAUCAAAUGUAUAGUUUUGAAGGUCCGGAAAAAAACUUCGUUUUUCCAAUUUUUCCGCGAAUUUUUUCGGUUUUCUUUCCCAACGGUAGAAAAAUUCGCUUAGAAAAAUUCAUGUGUGUUAGAUAAAAUCUGCCACAUAUAAUAAUAUUGAAUCAAUAUUACGAUAAUGUUACUUAAUAUGUAACAUAUUAACUUCAUUUAACUUCGCUUUAAGUUUCGCUUUAUUAUUACUUGAUACAUAACAUGUUAACUUCAUUUAACUUCAAUUAAAUGCACGCAAUUAUUUCCUUUAUGGAAAGAAGUAAACGUGGCAAGUUUUAACUGAACACACACGUGAAUUUUACUGAACGAAUUUGUCUACCCUUGCGAAAUUUUUCGACUUUUCUUUUACUCCGAAGAAAUCCGCAGAAAAAUGGAAAAAAAUCCCGUUUUUUUUUUUUUUAAUUACAAUCAAAAGUGUGUUCGUAAUGUUCGAUACAUUCAGUUUCCAGCUUCCCUUCUAAACUGGCGCAUUUUUGCAUCAUGAAAUAAAGUAAUCACCGAGCGUGAGAAAAUCGCACACUUUUUGAGAUUCUUUCUACAUUAUCGGGAUAUUAAAUUGUACUAUUGCCCGUAAGCAAGCCGAAACAUUAAUCGAAUGACCGAUUAUUAUGUAACAUUGAAGAGAUGAAGUUCUCGUGAGCACGCGAUGACGUAACAAUAUGUGUUCUAGAAUGUCGCGACGUUCUAGAAAAUAGACAGCUGUCUGUUAUGUCACGCCUUACGUGAAGAAUAAUCUAACCGUUGCGUCUUAGGUGAUAGACGUUAAUCUAAUAUCACGUUACUUCGCUUCGUGCGACGUAGUAACGGUCACUUUUUCUCGCGCGGUUUUAUAUUUGUCGCGAUAAUGCAGAAAACGUGGAGAUCUCGGGUACGAGGGGAUUCUCGAAUCUGCCUGCGGCUACCGCCGAUGCGAAAAUUUCCAUCUCCGGUUUCCGUUGUCUCUCUUCGAGCUAAUCUCAGCUUCGAAUACGACGAGAUAUGGCGAGAGAGAAGCGGCCGCCACCGAAGCGGAAAGACGACUUGCGGAACUCGAGGAAGGCGACGCCGAGGUCGGUUGAGUUUCCGCCCCGUCUGAUCCGCAUAUUUGCACGGUGAUUUUCGGCAUCGGCACCUCCCGGUCGAUCUAGUGAAAAUAGUCAAUAUUAUCGUUCCAUUCGCGUAAACCGACAAACAUCGGGGGGGUUAUUAUGAUCGUCGCCUCGUGGACGAGUUAACACACCUGCGAGAACAUCAGAGGAACGGUGGAGCAGGACGAGACAUGCUCCUACGUACUCGGGGACGGUGCGACAUGUCACUUAGAUUUACCAGGUCACUUAUCGCCCGUCGCGGUACGUCAUUGUAUAAUUAGCGUGCUCUGCUUUGACGUCAUUGUUUCAUAUAAAUACCGAAUGCACGAUCUCGGCCACCAUAAACCCGCGACUGAGCCGCCUCGACGCAUUUGUUGUGCUCUCGACAGACAGACGUGCGACACUCCGUUUCUUCGGACGCUCUCCCGUUCUUCUCCGUUGAACGAACGCGACCGCUCGUGCCUCGAACUCGUACGGAAGUACUUGAUCGUUUCCUUCGCUACGUGCUCGACAAGGAUCUCGCCGACGAUCUUCCACCCUUUGGAGUACAAAAUAAUGGCUUCCAAAGUCGUUGUCUUCAUGCUGCUGCUCGUCGGCUGCUCUUACGCGCUGCCCCUCCGAGCGACCAUCUACGGUUCUCCAUUACUCGUUGUACCCGUCGUGGAGGAUCUCGAGGAACCUCGAGCGUACGAGGAAGCGAUGUACACAUUAAACGACAAUCCGAGCUCCUUCGACAUCGUGAAACGCAGCGUUCAGGAAGCCAGCGACGACGACGACGACCUCGAGACCGCGGCUGGCAGCAACGUCCUUCGUCCGCUCUUCGUCUACCGUCAGCAGAUCGCAUACCGACAGCGCGCCAGGGAAGCGUUUCGACGUGGCAGGCGAAUAUAAGCGGAAACGCGGGAAGAUGCGGUUCAAAGAACCCGGCCAUUGACAGGCGGAUUGCACAAUCGUGAUCUCACUUUUGUAUUAUCGGGCAGGUAAUACAUCCGAGAUACACCCAGGGACACCUCGACACGAUCUUCAAGAUCCUGAAAAAAGGAUUGACGAAGGAUCGGGCUUGCGUCAAGAAGUCGCCGCGUGAAAAAGGGAAGAAAAAUUUUAGAACAAUUUCGAAUGGUGAUCGGAAAACGAGGAAGGGUGGAACUUUGUUCCAAGGAGAGCCGGUGAUGAUCUCGGAGGAUCAGCGGGAUCCCAUCCGAGCGAACGCUCGAAAAUAGCGAAGCGGAAGACUCGCGUGAACACGAGAAUUUCGGGUGUAAACAAGGCUGUCUCUCGAGACAGGCGGAACCUGUUAUUCUUGAAAAAGACGCUCGUGCGAAAGAAGAGGCAAACUGAUGGUCCCGAGACCGUUGAUGAGAAAGGAAGAGAAAGAGAGCUCUCGUGGCAAAAGGCGAGCGAAUGAGCGAACGAACGGAUGGACGAACAAACUUGAAGACAUCGCACUGUCGUACGGGGGUGUUGAACUCGUUAGUAAAUUACGCUAAGAGGCUGCGGUCCUCGUUAUAUAUUUCGACGGACAUUAACAGCGCGAAUUAACGGGCGGGAACUAAACUCACCGACCUGGGCGAGUUAAAAUCUUCAACUACGUUGAAACUCCAGAGGACUGAGAAGAGCGACCGGGCUAAAGAUCAGGGAUGCAUUUAUCUAUCUUCGCGAUCAUGUUCUUAUGGUCUUUCGUGCGCCAUGAGUUCAAGUUGGAUUGACUGAUUAAUUAAGUCGAUUUAAAGUCUACGAGACUCGAAUUAAGAAAGAUGCGCGAUAUUAUGUGUAAUUGUUCUAUAUUAAAUAAAUAAGAGGUGACAAGACAUGUCUCAUUUCGUAUUAUAUGUUUUAAUCGAUAGAUAGUUUAGCGUUAACGAUCGAACCCGAAUCGAAAUUCUGGUCUUAUGUAACAUUUUUGAUUCUAUAAUACGAUAGGAGCUAAGAUAGCAAAAUAAGUUUAAUUGCAAAUUCUGAUAAUAUAAUUUACUCUUACUUGAUCCUGAUGAUGCUUUAAAUUUCUGUUUACGGCGGUUUAGCAUGAAAAUUAAUUGUUCCGGGUAGCAUUAAAAUUUAAUCUGUAGAAGUAAAGGUCUAAGAGAGAAGUUAAUAAAUAUCGCCAAAAUAGGUUUAAGUUAGUCUAUAAGCCAUCUAAAUAGGCGCAAACUAUCUUUAAGAGUGUCCAAGUAGCGUCAAAAUUUCGAUUCGGGAAAGCUGCUUCGCAAAACGAUGCGAGCAACCUCGGAUUAAUUAAUAAUUACGCGAGUCGCAGGCAGUCAAAUGUACGUGCGAAAAUGUUAUAUUGUGAUAGGACGACAUCCGCAACAAGAUAUUACCCGUGUAAGUUAAACUAGCGCGUAUGUGGAGUUUUAUAAAUAAAUAACA